AAUAAACACAGUAGGCGAUCGUGCCAGGCUCACAAACAGACGCUCAGUCCCCGCAUAAAUCUUCGCCUUGUCGGCGACAUCCCGCCAUCAUGGUGGAGUGCAGCGCAGGCUCACGCCGCACAGCUGGCGAGCCCUGGCCCAGCGCCUGUCCCGGCGCCGUCCACCAGUGAGGUCGUCCGCACCACCAUCAUGCCGCGCAUGGGCUGGAAGCUCUCUGGCUCUGAGACCCUCAAAGUCCCCCUAGCGAAGCUGUCCGUCCGCAUGGCCACAUCCAUGCAGCUGGACGAUGUGGCCACGCGGUGGGCGGACCUACACGAGGAUUUUGAGCGCGCGGCACAGGGCCUGCCACCGCGCGCUGUGGUGCGGCGGGAGCACCUGCCAGCAGCUGCGGCUGCAACGCUUGGCGCCAUUAGGGACACCCUGGCGCGCCUUUGGCAGGAGGUACGCUGGGAACGGCGACACUUUGAGACGCUGUGGCGGUUGGCCAUCGACGCAGUGCCGCUGCCGGGAAAUUCGCAUAUGCCGUUGGCUCGCCGUGAGGCGCCAUGCGGCUGCUGUGGGCAGCACGGCCAUGGGGGCGCCGUGGCGGGGGCACACGCCGCCGCCGCGCCCACGCCACGGCAGCACCACUUCUGGGAUUGCGCGGUGGCGAAGGCCGUGGUGGCGCAGAUCAACGCACACAACCCCGGUCCGGCUCCCAUCAGCCAAGCCCAGCUGUGGCUGGUCCAGGCGCCGCCGGGUUUUCAGCAGUGUGUUUGGGACGUAGUGGUGAUGGCGGCUCUGGCCGCCACAGAACAUGGCUGGGUGCGGCUGCGCGGGACGACGCGCGCCGCAGCGGCCCUAGGAAUUCAGACGGCGGCGGCAGCAGCUCCCGAGGCUGCGGUGGCAGGUGCAGUGGAGGCGGAACCCGAUCUUGACAAGAUCCCGCCCACACAGCUGACGCCGCCGCAGCCAUGCGUCAACCCCGUCGAGCUUGCGUGCGCUCGCGCAGUCGCGAAUUUCUGGUCGCGGCUGAUGCAGUUCGCGCAGCUCGGCGUGCCCCAAAAGGGCUGGGAUGGUGUUGACGCCACUCACCCCAUCCUGGCGGUGGUGAACGGUGAUAUGCUGUGCGCGUUGCCGCAAGCUAUGGAGCUGGAGGCUUGAAAGGGAUCAGCCCUUAGGAGAAGCGCGUGAGCACUAACAUGAGCUACUGAAGCAGUGGCAUACGAGAGGGUCAGCGGGGGAGCUUAGUGGGCAGGCGAAGGGUUUUUUGUUUUACGCCCGUGGGAGCAGGGCCAGGUUUUGCGGGGCUUUAUGCCUGAGAGGGUGUACUGGGUGCUGCAGCACCCCGGGCCUUACGGCCUGGACCGGCCUAGUGGCCAGAUGCGUUUGUGGCUGCCCUUAGGCAUAGUCUGCCCUGGCGUCGAGGGCUGGUUAGGUUGCGGUUGAGGUCGUGCAGGCUGUGGGGUCGUUGGACUCAGCCCCGCAGCCACUCUGGUCGUGCUAUUAGUGCUAUCGCGUGCUGUCGUGUGCUGCGUGCUGCGUGUUUUGUUUUGUUUGCUGUUCUUUGUUUUCUGCCCGCCUGGCCUUUAAGAGGUAGCUCGCCCGCUGGGUCUGAGGUUGUUACACCGGUAGUAAUUCCGCAAUAAGGAUUACUGGCGCGGUGAAGGGUCGGAGUGCGUUACCCUGUGGACUCCAGAGCUGUUUGCGCUCUGCCGGGGAUACGCCAGGUCACGGCAGCCCUCGAUUGAGAGCCCUGUCGUUGGUUAUACCAGAUACACGAUUCACGUGAUCUGGCAGAAUAACCGUGGAAACCG